AUGAAGUUCUUUACUCUAGAGAAUGGAGAUUCCUGGAAAAAGAGACAUGUUGAUCCCAUGGGUCUUCUUUCUUGUGAAUGGAUGCUUGGAAGUACUCUGCAGUGUUAUUCAUGUGAGGGGGACAGCUGCCAUGGCAAGAACCAAAGUCCCACCAACUGUUCAUCCUUUGAUGCCUACUGUGAGACCAUCGUGGUGACUGUCCAGUUGGAUACCCACAAGAUUGAAAGAAUCAUCCAGAAAUGCUCUUCUAUCUGCCAGCCCCACAACAAAACAUUUGACAUGGUGCAUGUGACAUCGAGUUGUUGUAACUACACCCUCUGCAAUAGCAAUGGAGUGACCCAUGUGGCUGCCAGCAGAGGAGCGGUAGCCUUGACUGUGCUGACUUCCUUUGCUUUUCUCCUCUUUGGGAGCAGGCUUUGAUGUGCCAGCUGAUUACUUGAUUUAUCAACUAGGGAGCAUUUAUUGAGCACCUACUGUUUGUCUAUCAAAAUCAAAGAAGACCUGCCCUUGGGGGAGCUAACAAUCAAAUGAGGUAGACAAAUAAAUAUAUGUACAUAAUACAAAACAUGUAGAGGAACCUAUUUGCUCUUAAAGAACCCACUUGAACUUAUUCCUUGGGAAGUCCUUAAGUUAUAUUUAAUCAAUGCCAUAGACCUGGGUAUUCAGAAACAUCUGGAUGUGGGGCAUCUUGGAGACAAGGCAGCCAGGUGACUGGAGGAUA